UUCAGAUUUACGACAUUUAGAGGAAAAAAAUGUCGCAAUGGGGUGGAAACAUUUCUGUCGAUUUUGGAGAUUUGCAGGCAAACACAAUGGGUGUGGACUGCUUGGGGAAGUGGGCCAUACUUCCUGGGCGUCGUGUCCUAGCCAUGGUGAAUUUGGAUGACCCCACAGAAAAUGUACACCGUCUGACACGCACCAGUAAAUACGACAUAAGUUGCGUACAGUGGAAUCCCCAUGCGUCGCAUGCACACCUCUUCUCUACAGCAUGUAUGCAGAAGCUGGAGCUUUGGGCGUGGGACGAUAGCUUUGCCAAGCAGGUCUGCUCCAUGAAGGCGCACUCCAGAAACAUUAGUAACAUUGACUGGUCGCCGUUUGACGUGAAUGUUAUAGCCUCAUGUUCUGUUGACACUUUCACCAUGCUUUGGGAUGUGAGGGACCCAAAGCGACCAACUGCAUCUUGCCAGAGUGUCUGUGGAGCCUCUCAAGUGAAGUGGAACAAGGUUACGAACAACCUGUUUGCCACGGCUCAUGAGGGUGAUGUUAGGAUCUGGGACCCAAGGAAACUGAACCAGCCUGUAGUUUACCUGACUGCCCACUUGUCCAAAAUUCAUUGUAUAGACUGGAACCACUUGAACGAACAACGAUUUUCCACGGCUAGCCAUGAUUGCUCGGCUAAGUUCUGGGAGUACACAGACCACCGACAGGACAAGGGAAUGCUGAAGUCUGGAUCGCCCGUCUGGAGGGCAAGGUUUACACCAUUUGGAGAUGGCCUGAUAACUGUGGUGAUGUCUACGCUGCGUCGAGGGGAGAAUAGCCUGUACAUGUGGAAUAACAUGAAUCUCAAGGCGCCCGUACACCAGUUUGUGGGCCACACCGACGUUGUCAUGGAGUUUGCUUGGAGGAAAAAAGAUGAGGGUGAGCGUGACUACGAGUUGGUGACAUGGUCACGUGACCAGAAUCUGAAGAUCUGGCAAGUGGACCCUGUUCUACAGAGGCUGUGUGGUCAUGAUGCUGUAGACUGUUCUGAAAAUGAAACUACACUCAUAGAAUUAAAUGAGACACCAAAAGACAAUUCCCAGGAAGCAACAGUAGCCAGCAUUUCUAUAAAUAGCAUCCAAUCAGAUCAGAGGACUAUGACUUUGAGUCAGGAAUUCUCAUUGGUCAACAAGUACAUUCCAAAUGUCACCAUUGAAAAGUUGGACAGUGAGGAAAGACAGUGUUCGGUUUCCAUCAGUGGUGGGAAACACAAGGCUGAUGUGACAAUCUCCUUCCCAAUGAAUUAUCCCAAUAUUGCGCCACCUUGCUUUGAAAUUGCUUCUCCUACUGGACUAUCCACAAGUCUCAUUAAGAAACUACACAGGGUGCUGACGGACACAAGUCAGAAGAGUGUGAAGAAGAAUCUCAACUGUUUGGAGCCGUGUAUCCGACAAGUAGCAACAGCCUUUGAAAAUAUGACUCUGGAGGAGCGCAAAACGCCGGACACCGACGUGUUCCCACCAAUACCCACCAGUUACCAUCCCCAACACACUGGGUACAUCCAGCCCCUGCCAUUCUCCGCCUACCAAGACUUCCAGAUACCCUUCCCAAGGACCUGUGGGGCUCAGUUCAACUCUGCUGGGCUGCUUGUGUUAUUUGCAAGAUCUAAGGAAGCCAAUAAAAUCUCUGAAAAGACUCCGAAAGCGUUAUCAGAGCUGGCAACAAUGUCCUCCACAAACCGUGUACGAAAUUCUCAGAGCAGCUCGGGGUUUGCAAUGUACUCACGUAGUCCACCGACGCCAAAACAGGAGCGAAUGUCUGUUGGACAGUGGUACACCAUACAGUCAAAGCGACAGAGGACAAAGUCUCGGACAUUCAAGGAUCUUCAGGAGGCUAAGGACAAGGUGCCGAAGGAUAAGAAGAAGAAAUCGGUGAAACUUGAGCCUGUCCGAGUGUAUGAUACACUCUGUCUCCUCCGUGUUAAUAGGGAGCUCGGCGAGAAAUACAGGCUGGAUACAGGCAACAUCCCGGCCAUGUGUGAACACAACAAACUUGAGGCUGCAGCUGUUGGCAGGAAGGACCUUGUCAGGCUGUGGUCCCUAAUACCUGUGAUGUGUAGCCCCAAUCUGGCUCCGUCCCCAAACCCAGAUGAUGGAACCCCAUGGGCCCAGAGACCCUUCGGCAGAAACAUGUUGCAAUCCCUCAUGGAGCACUACCGGAAGACCUUUGAUGUUCAAACCCUGGCCAUGUUAAUCUGCGUGUUCUGGGAUAGGAGACACUUUAAUCUUCAAGCUAUCACAUCCAGUGGUCAGAGCCUUAAAAAGUCUGCUUCAAAGGUCUCGCUUGACUAUGUUCCUGCUAAUAGCCAAGAAACAAAGUUUGGCAGUACAGACAGCUGGAAUUUGUUGCCUACAACAGAGGAACUUUACCCACCCCGUCCUGGCUUACUGUCCCCAGUAACAACUUUUUCAUCUCCCAUGGCAACUGUUGCCAUGACAACUAAACCUAAACACUUAUUCUCUAGAGCCAUGGUGAAGUUGCGCCGUUCCAACAGUUUCAACGAUGUGUCUUUCGAGGACUACAGAUUUGCGGAUGAAAUUGAACCAAAAGAAAAGCGAGAAGAACAGGAAAGAAAAUUGCAUGAAAACAACUGCAGACUGCUGGACCCAAGCAUGUAUGUGCAGUACGACCAUAUUCUGAAGAUGUAUGCUGACAUUCUGGCCCGGUGGGGAUUGCGCAAUCAGGCUGUACAUAUCAAGAAACAUGUGACAAUACCACCGGAACCACAUGCUGGAAUAGUCGACUCGACAGGAUGCAUUGAGUUUGGUGUGAAUUGCUUCUACUGCAAGGCUGAUGUACGGGGUGUGAAGUGUGGCUCGUGUAAAAACCAGGCCUUCCGUUGCAUUAUCUGCCAUACUGGAGUCAGAGGGGCAUCCAAUUUCUGUCUGAACUGUGGCCACGGGGGCCAUGCUAGUCACAUGAGGGAAUGGUUCAAAACUGAAAUCAUGUGCCCCACGGGAUGCGGAUGCCAAUGUGCGAAAGGGAACCCAUUCUGAUGAUGGACUUGAACUGUAAACACUGGCGCAGCGCUUGUGAGAUGCUGGAGUGGUUUCAGGUCGAGAUCAUGUUGGUACAACAUCAUGUGCCCAACUAGAUCCAGGGUAUGGAUGCCAAUGCAUGAAGUGGAACACAUGUUAAUCAUUGAAUAAUGGACAGGAGAGCCAUGCUAGUCACAAUGGGAGAUUGGUUCUGGGCUUAGAUCCUGUGCCCCACUGAACGGAACCCAUUUGUGGACACAGGAGUAUGACUUGUCUCAUGAAGGAGUGGUUUCCGAGCGAAUUUGGUUCAAUCACAGUUUUGACUUUUCCAAUUGAAAAGAUGAAGAUGAUGUGAGUGGAAUCAACAUGGUGGCUUAGCCUUUUGUAUUUAUUGUGCUUGUAAUGAAAAAAAUAAUCUGUUUAAACACAUGAUUAUGUUAAAAAAAGAAGAAAAGUUAUAGUGUUGUUCAAUAUUGAGAUUUCAACCAUGUCGCUAUAUUAAUUGGCAUGUAAUGAAUUGAUGUGGUCUCAUUGUCCAUAAUUUGAUUACCGGGAUAGUUUACCCUUAUCGAAGAAUAUCAAGUAUUAUUUGUAAGAGAAAAUAUCUUUUUGCUGGAUGAUGCACUAAUAAACUUUGGACAAACAGCCUUGGACAAGUGGUAAAGCAUAGUUGGAGACAAGUUCCAAGUGAUAAUUUCCUUACUGAUGUUCAGUGGUUGAAAUUUGAACAAGCCUUUAAAAGUUAAAAUGCUCUCCGGGCUGUCUCAAAUUCUUUAUUUAAUGGGACAGGGCUUGAUGCCAAGCACUAGUGUAAGAAUAGGGGCUUGUCCAUCAAAAUGUCUAAUAUUGAUGAAUGAGUAUUUGCAUUUCAUUUGAACAUGAAGCAAUAUUCAUAAAGCAUCUUUGUGAAGAUUUUCAACUUAAAAAAAUGCUUGAAUGUAAAGAAAACUAGCAAUGUUUUAUACACUCAAAACAUGAAAAAAAAGCAAAAAAAUUCCAAGAUAUAUGAAUAAAGUUGAUGUAAAAUGGAGCGUUUUUAACACAUUCUUUGUUAAAAAAAUUGAAAAUUUCUACUAAGUUGGAUAAUUAUUUACCAAAAGGCUUGUUCAAUACGGACCGUGGUGUACACAAAUCAAGGGUUGACUGUUUGAUACAAUUUAUGAAUGUGUUUUCUAAAGAUGUGCUGCCGACUCCCAAGGCAAUUUUGUUACUGUUUCUGUGAUAUUUGUUAUUCCAAAAUAAAAGAUUAAAUAUAAAAUGAU